CCCCCCUUUGACCGAGCCCAUCCAUCUCCAUUCUCCAUACAACCAUAACCCAACUGCAGUUUUCAGAAAACCCCUCCCACCUUCACCUGACUGCAGCUGCACUCUAUCGCCUCCUUUUUGUCUCUUCUUCUUCUUCUUCUUCACAACGCCCACUAACAUUCAUUAAUUCUCUCUCCUCUUUUCUUCUUCUCACUUCCCACUUUCGAUCUACCUAUCUCUUCACCUUUUUCUAAAUCAUUUUUAUUUCCCACUUUCACCAUUUUCUCCCCCCACAACAAGCCCUAAUCAAAUCCCCAAUUCCAUUCAAAGUCUUUUCCUUAGAUUUCUUAUUAUUAAGCUGCCUUCUUCAAUUCCAUGAACUGGGUCACUCGCAAACUGUCGGUCGCUCCACUUCCCAACCUCUGGUAAUUUCAGUUCCAUCCUACUCGAUCCAUCUUUGGAUACCUACUGUUUUGCUUGUCAUGGUGGUAGCCUUUUCCCUGAGAUUAAAUAUGAUUUAUUUUCCAGCUACCAUCUCCUUUCUUCAAUCCUCUAGGUCUAUUGUGAUGAAAAUGAAUCCUCAUUGAUGUGUUAAGAGAAAGGUCCUUAUACUUGAAUACUGACCAUGGAAUAUCCAAAUGAAUAUACCCAAUAUUACCACAAUUUUGUAGCAGCUGGAAAUGAGGAAGUUCAUCCUGUCUCUGAGAGGUUUAUGCAAGAUGCUACAAACUGCAUAAACAUGAACAUGAGACCUCCCGAGGUGAGUACAUCAGAAGUCAAACCAGUUCAUAAUUUUUCUAUACAGACAGGAGAGGAAUUUGCUCUUGAGUUUAUGCGCGACCGUGUGCUGCCACGCAAACCUGUUGUCUCAAAGGCAGUGGGUGACCCAGAUGCGGUAACAGGUUAUAUGGAUCUUAAAGGUAUUUUAGGCAUCAAUCGUGCAGAGUCUGAAACUGGAUCAGAUGUAUCUAUGCUUGCAUUGUCAGAAAAAGGUCCUAAAGAGUUUGACAGAAAGAACUCAUCAUUGUAUGAGGGAAAAACUACCCGUGGAUCAAUGCAAUCAAAACAUCAUAAUUCCUCAGAAUAUGGAAGUAGUCGAGGUUUUCAUGGCUAUGCUUCAUCUGGAAUGGCAGAUGGUUCAUCAAUGAAGAUAAAGGUUCUCUGCAGCUUUGGAGGUAAGAUCUUACCUCGUCCGAGUGAUGGUAAACUUCGGUAUGUUGGGGGUGAGACACGUAUCAUUCGCAUAAACAAAGAUAUCUCUUGGCAAGAGCUCAAGCGGAGAACCUCUACAAUAUUAGACGAUCCUCAUACCAUCAAGUAUCAACUUCCAGGGGAAGAUCUUGAUGCUUUAGUGUCGGUAUCUAGUGAAGAGGAUUUGCAGAAUAUGAUGGAAGAGUGUAAUUUUUUAAGAGAUGGAGAAGGGGCAAAGAAACUCCGGCUAUUUCUGUUUACCUUGAGUGAUUUGGAGGAUUCUCAUUAUAGUUUGAGUAUCGGGGAUGUUGAUUCAGAGUUUCAGUAUGUUGUUGCUGUCAAUUGCAUGGAGAUGGGAAUUAGAAAAAACUCAGGCAUGCAUGAUAUAGCAAGCUCUUCCGCAAAUGAUUUAGAUGCAUUAAUGGGACAGAAUGCUAACAGGGGUGUUAGCAGUGUACCGGCCACGAUUGGAUUAAGCAGCUCAGCUCAUGGUGGAGGUGCUGUUCCAUCAACAGGAAUACUACCUGCACAGCCAAUUGUACCUGGAACCACCAACAGCUAUCCACAACAUCCUCUUCAGUUUCAAGGACAGGUGAUUCAUCACGAAGAUUCAAAGGGGUAUCAGCUGCAUGGUGGUGAUGUUCAUCCCUCUGUACACAUGCCUCGUGAGGAAAGUAUUACUGCUACGUCACUUAAUGGACUGUCAACUAAUCAGCAGAAAACGACCGAAGCUGAGUCAAACCAAGGUCACACAAAGGGUAAUCUUCCUGCUGAAGAAGCAUUUGGAUCCACUGUCAAUGGUGCUUCAGUGAAAGAAUUCUCAGAUCUACCUCCAAAAGGUGAAAAAAGACACCAGGAACAUAUUCAGAGUUCUCCGUCUGAUGCUGUGUAUGUACCACGGGUUUCGGAGCCAAUCAAUCCUGAAAAUCCUAACCCUUUUGACUUUGCAUACACUUCUGAACAUGCUCACUCGGAACCUAAUUCAUUUAAUAUGAAUCACAACGAACUUCCUGCAACCCAGAGGCCUUACCUCUCAGUGAACAUCCCUAGGGAGCAGGGCGAGCUGCUGAGCAGGCUAACUAAGUCUGAUGACUCACUGAACCCUCAAUUCCUCAUGUCACAUUCGCAAAUGCCAGUAGGACAGCAGGAUUCAGUCACAAAGUCAUCUGGAAAGUUUCAGCAUAUGAAUGCGGUAGCUGAGUCUGACAUGCAUGCUGGCUCUAAUAUGGUUGAAAAUCAAGUGGUCAAAUUUGCAGCAGACAAGGAUUGUGUGUCAAGGCAAACAACUUCAAGCGCUGUUGAUGGGAAAGAUGCACGUCAAGAUAACCCAUUUAUGGACCGUAACUCAGAAACAUCUUGUCCAACCUAUAACCAUAAGGAACACCUGGGUGAUGCUGUUGAAGUUGGGCAUGCACGUACAGAUGUUAGCCAACCUUCUAAUAGCGAACAACAUGAUCAUGCUUCUACUCUCCCCGAGUUAAAAUGGGAAGAUGAAGCUGCUCAAAAUUCCAGCGGUAAUGUGGCUGAGAGUAUCCUUAUAGAUAUUAAUGACCGAUUCCCUCGUGAUCUGCUAUCAGAUAUAUUCUCACAAGCAAUUUUAUUCGAGGAGUCAUCUAGUGUCAAUCAACUUCCCCAUGAUGGGGCUGGCUUGAGCAUGAAUAUUGAGAACCAUGAACCAAAGAAUUGGUCUUUCUUUCAAAAUCUUGCCAAGGAUGAUUUUCGAAAAGAUGUUUCUUUGAUUGAUCAGGAUCAUCCUAUAUAUUCAUCCGGACUUGCCAAGGUUGAUGGAGAAGUUUCUGGACAUUACCAAUAUACAACUUUAUCUACAGACGGGGUUCCUGCCAGUGAUGUUGAUUCUCGCAUUUUUGGUGAAUAUGGUCAGAGAGAUUUGCCUGAUACUGUGUUAGCUGAUCAGGUAACAACUACAUCAGAUUAUAACCCCUCGCAGGCAAAAUAUAGUGAAGUUGUCCAAUUUGAUGGUGUUGGGGCACCCUACUCAGAUUACGAGGAGGCAAUUCAAGAAACAAAGCAUGUUGGUCUUCCUCCUUUAGAUCCUUCUAUUGUGAAUUUCGACAUUAGUACCUUGCAGAUCAUCAAAAAUGAAGACCUUGAAGAGCUUAGAGAGCUUGGUUCAGGAACUUUUGGCACUGUAUAUCAUGGAAAAUGGAGAGGAACAGAUGUUGCUAUUAAACGAAUUAAGAAAAGUUGUUUCACUGGUCGAUCAUCAGAGCAAGAAAGAUUGACUGUAGAGUUCUGGCAUGAAGCUGAAAUCCUCUCCAAGCUUCACCAUCCAAAUGUGGUAGCAUUUUAUGGCGUUGUGCAAGAUGGACCUGGAGGAACAUUAGCCACUGUUACAGAGUUUAUGGUUGAUGGUUCUUUGAGACAUGUUCUUCUUAGGAAGGACAGGCAUCUUGACCGUCGCAAACGGCUGAUAAUUGCAAUGGAUGCUGCAUUUGGAAUGGAAUAUUUACAUUCAAAGAAUAUUGUGCAUUUUGAUUUGAAAUGUGACAAUUUACUUGUGAAUUUGAAAGAUCCUUCACGGCCCAUAUGCAAGGUUGGUGAUUUUGGUCUAUCAAAAAUCAAGCGAAACACAUUGGUUUCUGGUGGUGUAAGAGGAACUCUACCGUGGAUGGCUCCUGAACUUCUGAAUGGAAGUAGCAGCAAGGUUUCUGAGAAGGUUGAUGUGUUUUCUUUUGGUAUUGUACUAUGGGAAAUUCUUACGGGGGAAGAACCCUAUGCAAACAUGCAUUAUGGUGCCAUAAUAGGGGGAAUUGUGAAUAACACGUUGCGACCCCUUAUUCCUAAUUACUGUGAUGCCGAGUGGAGAAUGCUCAUGGAACAGUGCUGGGCCCCAAAUCCUGCUGUUCGGCCUUCAUUUACGGAAAUUGCGGGUAGGUUACGUGCAAUGGCUGCUGCAUGUCAAACUACUAAAGCUCAGGGUCCGAAAGCAUCUCAUUAAUCUGAUCUAGAAGGCUGCUGUACUUUUCGCAUCUGCUGCAGUUUUCAUGGCAUCUAUCUCUGAAAUAUGAGCAUCUAUCUAUAAGUGUUUUUUACACAAUUUAUGAUCCGGUAAUCAGCUCCCCUCAAUGUAUUUUCUGAAGCAGGAGCUCUAGAUCUUUAGUAGUGACAUACCAUAAAUCUUUGUAUUGGACUCUUUCUUUCACAUUAUAAUCCGAAGAACCUCAAUUAUUUAUUUUGUACAGGAGUGUGGUCAAAGCUAAGACAGCGUUGCCUUCUGCUUGUCUAAUAUAUUUAUGGGCAGGCAUUUAUUAUUGUGUCA